AUGAAUGGCCACCUUGCGCCAGUCGGUGACGGGCCGACUGCAAAGCAGUACGAGCACGGCAUCCAGGUCAUUGACGAGGAAAAGUCAUUCAACACCAAUCUCAAUGACUACCUAGGCGAAACACACGUGGCCGAGGCCGGCUUCAACUACCACCUUAUCUCCGUUUUCGGCUCGCAGUCGACCGGCAAAUCGACCUUGCUCAACAACCUGUUCAAGACCGACUUUAGCGUCAUGUCCGAGACCGCCCGCCAGCAGACGACCAAGGGAAUAUGGAUGUCUAAGAACAAGCGCACGACCGGGCCGACCGGGCCCUCCGCCAUGGCCGACAAUAUUCUGGUCAUGGACGUCGAGGGAACGGACGGCCGCGAGCGCGGCGAGGAUCAAGACUUUGAGCGCAAAAGCGCCUUGUUUGCAUUGGCUACAAGUGAGGUCCUGAUUGUCAAUAUUUGGGAGCACCAAGUCGGCCUGUACCAGGGCGCGAAUAUGGGUCUCCUCAAGACCGUGUUUGAGGUUAACCUACAACUAUUCCUGAAAGACAAGCAGUCACAAACACGAUCUCUUCUCCUCUUUGUCAUCCGUGACUACGUCGGCCAGACCCCCUUUACGAACCUAUGCGACACCCUAACUCAGGACCUCAGCCGCAUCUGGUCGACCAUCUCGAAACCCCAAGGCCUCGAGGAAUCCAAGAUUGGAGACUAUUUCGAUAUCGCCUUCGAAGGCCUGCCCCACAAGCUUCUACAGCCAGAGCGCUUCGUUAGUGAGAUCGAUCAGCUGAGCACCCGCUUCACCGCUGGUCACCGCUCAGCCCAGGACGAAAGCGGCAAGCUUACAGGAGGGCUAUUUCUGCCCGAAUACCAUCGUCGGAUUCCCGCUGACGGUCUCUCCGUCUAUGCCCAAGGCGUGUGGGACCAGAUCGUGAACAACAAGGACCUGGACCUCCCGACCCAACAGGAGUUGCUCGCCCAGUUUCGCUGCGACGAGAUCUCGCGCGAGGUGCUUGUUGCUUUCGAUGCCGUCAUCCUCCCGCUCGAGGAACAGCAGGCCGAAGCCACACGACUCGGCAAACCUACGCUUGUGCUGCCCGACCUGGGUGUCGCCGGGUCCGGCGCCCGGGACAAGUGUGUGCGUGCCUUCGAGACCCAGGCCGGACGCUACCACAAGGGGGUCUACACCACCAAGCGCGGCGAGCUUGAGACGAAGAUCGAUGCCCGCCUCAAGGCCCUCUACCAGACCCAACUGUCGGCCGCGCACAAGGCCGGUGUGGUUUCCUUUAGUGAGGCUGUGACGGCUGCUGUCAAGGCUGGGCAAAAGGCUGGUGGGGCGUACGAGUUUGCCGAAAUUGUCGACAAGCAGAAAAAGACGGCACUCGACGUGUUUCGCAAGGAGGCGCAGAGCCUACUGAUCCAGGGUGUGGCGUGGACCAACUUCAAGCCGCAGUACCGGCUGUUUGAGAAAGAGCUCGACGAGGUCAGCGCGCGCCUGCGCAAGGAGGAGAUGCGCCGGCUAGCCACUCGGGUGGAGCGGUGGGUCAAGUCGCGGUUGACUGAUGCUGUCGGGCUCGAGUUCAACAAGCUGGGUAGCGGUCGUGGUGGUUCCGGGGCGCCUGAGAAUGGAGACAAACUGGCCACCGAGAAGGAUCUCUGGGAUCGCGUGUGGAGCUCGUUUUCUGGAAUCGUCCGCGAGGCCGAGACCCGUUUCGCGGACCGGGCCAAGAGCUUUGAGGCGAGUCCGGAGGAGGUCGACGUGGGGCUUUGGCGGUUGCGGCGCAAGAGCUGGGUUGCGCUGCGCGAGAAAAUCGAGGAGGAAAUGAUGGAAAGCAACAUCCUAAUGAAGCUGCGUGAGAACUUUGAGGACAAAUUCCGCUACGACGACGAGGGCGUCCCGCGCAUCUGGCGUCCUACCGACGACAUCGAGGGUGUCUACACCCGCGCCCGCGAGUCCACCCUCAGCCUCAUCCCGUUGCUCGCGCGGUUCCGCCUCGCCGAGACCUACGCGGCCCCCGAUCUGCCGGCAUUUGUUGGCGUGCAGCCCGCCGGUGUAGAGCCUGAGGAUGAGGAGGAUCUGCUGCCUAUCGGCGGGGUUGACGAGGAAGAGGGUAAGAGUUUGGAGGAAGAGAUGACGGUGCUGAGCGAGAGCAAGCGGCAGGACUUGGUGGUGCGGUUCAAGAAGAUGGCGGAUGGCGUUUAUGUUGAGGCGAAGCGGAGCGCGAUCGGGGGAAUUACCCAAGUACCACUGUACUUUUAUGUUGUCCUGCUGGUGCUGGGGUGGAACGAGAUCGUUAUGGUCCUCCGUAACCCCAUCUUGUUCAUGCUUAUUCUUGUCAUGGGGGGCGGCACCUACGUGGCCUACACCCUCAACCUGCUUGGUCCUAUGAUGCAAAUGGCCAACGCGGCAUCGAACCAGGCCGUCGAGAUUGGUAAGGAGAAGCUGCGCGACUUUUUGGAGAGCAACGAAACUGUUCGGCAAGCGAUCGCAAUGCCGGCGAGGUCGCAAAACGGCACUAGCCACAGCAACGGGAUCAGCUUGGAUCGAUUGGAUAGGCAAGGGAAGAAGGCCGGUGUAGCGGAAGAGGAGGAUGAUAUCUAG